AAGACCCAGGUCCUAGUUGCUCCAGUAUUGAUCCAUUUGUGCAUCACUUAGGGAGGAAAAAUGGAGGGUAUGAAAAUGGCUAUGAUUCUGACCAUCUACAUCACGAUUCUUGCUACUUUCGCCAGUUUCAGAGUCACCGUGGGGCUCGAAGAUGUAGGGGCUAUUGCACCAUCACGAAUGGAGAGUGCUGGAGUGGCUCAUGGCGUUCCAGUCAUAUUCGCGGCGGUCAUGGCUUGCAUUGUUGCCUGGUUCUUCUGAGUUUAGUUUUUACUUUAUUGUUCUUCUAGCUCACUGAUGGAUUGCUCAAAAUUUCCUUCUCCUUUUAUUUUAUUUUAUUUUUUCAAAAAAUUUCUUCUCUUUUC